UCCACGUGUCUCUGUCUGUUGCCGUGACGACCCUUUAUUCGCCAUUUAAAGGAAAUACUUUUUUUCAGAGACUCAGGCAGCUUAUAGAGCCACAAUAUUUGGCACACUUGGUCGAAUUGGCCCAGUUAGAAUAUUAAUUUUGGUUUUGAAUAAGUGCUUGGCUGCACAGCUCAGUAGUACCUCCUUUUUUGUAGUACUCUCUCCACUAGGUUUUUUUUUUAUCUGUUAGGUGUGUGAAUGUAAAGAGGCGACUUUCGAGUUUGUUAGGUUCUAAUGAGAUGAUUAGAGAGGAGGAUCUGCCACCACCCUGACCUGCACACAGUCCGAGUUGCGCUAGAUUGCGAGGGCCCGUUCAGUCCUGCUUGCAGGCCUAGUUAUAUUAUUGUUAUUCUGAUUUUUAUUCAUAUUUUAUUUGUUUUGCUCUUUGUAAUUGCUAUUUGCAAUAGUAACAGCAGUAUUUAUUAAGGAUGUAGUGUGGGUUUUUGGGCUGUGAAACGAAUUAAUGGAAUUAUAAUGUAUUCUUAUGGGAAAAUCCUGCUCGACAUACGAUCAUAUCGACUUACAAUCAAGCUCCUGGAACGAAUUAACUUCGUAUGUAGAGGUACCACAGUAUUACACAUGGAACGCCAUAGCAGAAGCUAUGAGGGGAAAAUUUUUCAUUUGCCUAGAUGCUUAAAUUAUUAUGUGGAAUUUUAUUUUUUUUUCUUAAAAAACAUUUUAUUUAUUCUGUGUUUCUGUGCAGUCUCUUUUACUCAAAAGAAGCAUGGUCUAUUGUUUUUAGUUGUGAUUUCUUAAAAAGUAUUUUUGAAUUAAGAGUAAACAUUUAUUGCAUUUAAAUGGGUGUACGUGAUCUAUUAAUAUAUACUGUAUUCUCACAGUGUUGUUUUUUUUUGUUUUUUUUAAUUGAGGGGCUGCAAUAAUAUCGCAUAUCGCAAUAAUUUAUGAAAUAAAUUAUCGCACACUAAAAUUUGUUAUCGUGACAGGCCUAGUUUUAAGGCGGUGGGUUUUUGUAGUGCCUAUGUUUUGGUUCAGGUGACACACCGUUCGAUUCAAACCUUUGUUUUCAAAAAUUACUAAAGAAACAUUUUGAAAACUUCCAGAAUAAAUGGAUUUUAUAAGCAAAUUUAAACACAAAUUAUAUUAGCAUGCACAAGAAAUACAAACUUGUUCAUCAUCUCUUAACUAUCCAGGAAUGCAAAAAAUAAACGGUUCUGUGCAUGCGCAUAAUGUUAAAAACGGCCGCGAAUGCAGCGGUUCCAAAGUAAACACUACAAACUUUCGAUAAAGAAAGCCAUAUUUACUAGAGCCGUGCAAAAUUUCCGAUUCUUAGAUUAUUCGCGAUUCGGCCGUGGAAGAUUCGAGAACGAUUCACAAAUAUCCAAAUUCCGAUCAUUGAAUUAUACCAGGUAAAGCGGAAGUAAAACACAGGGCGGUCUUUAGGACGCAAUGAGGAACGGACCGAGAGUAAAUAUCAUGUUCAACUCAUGCCGCUAGAUAAAAAAGACAAUCAUACCUGACCGACAGCCGCUACAAACAACGGCCAGUUGCUAGUUGCUACAAACAUACGGCUACAGUAGAUAUCAUAUAUAUGUAGAACUAGAUGCAAAAUGACAGACGACGUCGGUGUUAUAACAGAGAUGCGAAAUGAAAAACUUUCCGGCGUAAGUAAACAGCCACCAUCUUAAAGGGGAACUUUGAAGUAAGGUUGGCCAACCAUGUUUUUGAAUAAUAUCAAUGGCUAAACAAUUAUAAGCAUAUUUUCAUUAUUUUUUUUAACGCAACCCUUCCAGAUUCUUUGUUUAACCCAUAGCAACGCCCUUGACAACGAAAAUGCUUUUCUUCGGCAAUCUUCGGAAAUCUUCGGAAAUUACGUCACACCUAGACGUGCGAGGGAAGUCCACCAUAGAACAGUAUUGUUUGUUGCAUUGCUUCUCGGUAAGAUGCCACAGCGGUGUGUGGCGAUGUUUUGUUCUCACUCAAACGAAAAGUUGUAUGAGUGGCCAAAGGAUAGCAGGGCACGUAAAUGGACAUCUUUCGUUCGCACGAAGCGAAUGAAUUUCACGCCAUCAUCGAGUAGUGUUCUCUGCUGCAAACACUUCGAAGAUGCCUGCUCCCUUAACCGGUCUGCUUAUGAUGAAGGAUUUGCCAAAAAGUAAGUGUGAUUUUUGGAUAGAUGACUGAUGACUUUGUCAAAGCAGAGCUGCCAACUGUUGUGGAAUGAACAGUAUAAGCUAGCGACGUUAGCCGAGGCUAUCACCGAUCAUAGUUGUUGUUGCGUUCGCUAAGUUAAGCGUGUUUAAAUUGUGCGUCAUCUACGAUCUUGUCUGAAAGGGUUAAUCCACUGUCAAUCGGGAAAGGGGUGUGGAUGUGCACAUAAGCGUGUCGGCGUCGCGGUAAUUCACGGUCACGUUGCAGAUAGCCUUCUAGUUUGUGUUUCGCCGCUUCGCGAGAGCCGCUGACAGGUGACAAGUGUUGCUUUUAAUGUCUGGCAGCGAAUCAGCGAGCGCGCAGGCCACGCAGUGAAUCAUGGGAAAUGUAGUCUCGGGACAACACUGAAUUGGUGCUUUGUAAUCUGUUCGCUUGUGUGAAAAAACUACAUUUCCUCACGCCAUUAGACGCCACUUUGUUUUCUUAUUGUUGCCACAAAAAAGUGGAGAAAGUCAUCGGCGACUGUGAUAUAGUGGAUAUUAUUUAGUUGUAAUACGGGAGUUCACCAGUAGAGUGUACGCAUGUCAUUUAGAUGUGUUAUUGUUUGUGCCUUACUCCUUCACGAAGAGAGAAACGUUGUUGUUCAGAGUCACUUGGCAAGACGUUGAGUAAAGUUGUAAAAGCCAAUAAAGGUGUCGUGUGGGUCACUCGGUCAAGAUAUAACAACGAUUCAUCUCCUUCUUUCCCCCCAACGUUUUUGUAUUAUUAUUUUAUAUGUACGAGAGCUGCCGGAUCUGCCAAAAUGAACAUGAAGUCUGAUUAUUAUUUUUUUAACAAUGUCAUCAGAUAGACAAAAACAUAACAUUAUGUGCAAAUGCCUGCAUCUUCAAAUUAUAAAAAUAAUAACAGCCUAUAUCUUACCAAUGUUGUAAUCUCGAUGGGUCUUGUAUCCAUUCCAUGUCAGGUAGUUUAGGUACAUUAGAUUAGCGUCUGGCUAAUACAUGUUAGAUCCAACAUAAAAUUCCAAGCUCCUCUUCUUCCUCCAACUAUUCAAAAACUUGGAUCUCCUCCCUUGCGCUCGGUCUAUCGCUUAUAUCGCUGUUUGAAUCAUUGUUUGAAGGGCUUUGUUUGGCGGCCGUAUGUAUGGAGCUGCCAACGCUGUUCCCGGUGUGACGUGUCACUUCCGGGUUCGUCCCCUUUCAGGCUCGAACUUCGAAACGUGAUUAUUUUGACAAAUAUACAACAUAUAAAUUAUUUUUUCAUGCUUUAUUUGGUGGACAAUGUUUAAUUACUUUAUUUGUGACCCUAUUUGGCAUGUGAAGAAAUUAGUUCACGCUACAGCUUUAAAGCAGUAGACCUCUCUAGAAGGCUCUGUUGUACCUAAUUAACUUUUUAUCUAAAAUACUCCUAACUCGGCAGAAUCUUGUCUUGAAUCUAUCUUUAAAUGAUGAAAUAGUUUUAAAACUUUGACAAAAGUAGACAUAAGGGAAAUUAUGGAAUAAUGGGAGUCAUUUUAACAACUGUAACAGUUGAUUCACAACAUUAAAUUAAUUGAAUGUUGUUUAAAGCUGCUGAUACAGAAUGGGGACUGGAGUUUUUUAUUUACUGUUAUUUUGUAUAUUUGUUUACUGUUAUAUGUUAACUUGAUACUGAAAUAGUAGUUUGGUUUAGCCUGGGAGGAUUUUUUAACAAUUUUGGAACUAAUGUACAACACAUUUAAAAACAAAAAGGAGGGGGUUACAUCAAUAAUCGUUUUAUAAUCGAAUCGGAGCCUCUGAAUCGUAAUCGUAAUUGAAUCUUUAGGUGCCCAAAGAUUCCCAGCUCUAAUAUUUACUCAGGUUUGAUGGACGGACUGGUAGAAAAGUUCUCCUUAAACACAUCCUGCCAUGUGGCUGCCCACAACUCAACUGCACUCCGCUCUCUCGUUAACGUCUUUGUAAUUCAUGCCAUAUUCAUGUUGCACGUGUAUAUUUAUGAUGUAACUUGUUUAUUUAGCACCUUUGGAUAACAUUGAGAGUUCAACUGAAUGUAAAACAGUGCUUAUCCACUACCACAAAAGCUUCGGGAGCAAAAUAUUAUCAGGGUGAAAAUUUUGACCGAACACCGUCUGUGAACGCGUGUGUGUGUAGGAAGGGGAGGGGUCAAAUCAUCAGCCAAUCAAACUUGCGUCUGAGGGGGAAAAAAUUUAUUCAACAAGGGAAGAGGGGUCAAUGUAAGUCUGAACAUAUUGAAAGUACUGUAAUUCACUUAAUAAUGGUUGGGUUAAUUAUAUCCUUACAACAUUGGAAGAUACCCUAAAUUACCUAUAUAAUCUUAAGUCAUAAUAUAAUGCAAAUAAGAUUGCGUAAAUGUUGGUGGGGACAAUUUGAGCAUCCUGAAAAGUUGGUAGUGUUAUGUCCCUAUGUAAACCUACGCCCUUGGUUUUGACAACGUUACAUAUUUAUGGGCAGGGAUUAUACAGUUCGUCAAUAGUAUGGUUACACUUAAGACAUUAUAAAUUAAUUAGACAUUUACUAACUGUAUCAGGUUAGUAUUAUAUAAUUUAUAUCUAAAACGUGAUUGUUAAGGUGAAACAGAUAAUGUAAUACAGUGGUACCUCUACAUACGAUCGCUUCGACACACGAACUUUUCGACAUCCGACGUAAAAUUUGACUCGCCAUUUGUUUCUACAUCCGACGACAUGCUCGAAAUACGACGACAAUGGCAGCACCGCAGACGAAUGCACGGCGGAUUUUUUUGUGUGACAAAUCAACACUGGUUUCAGAAAAGGUUGGUGCAGGUGGUGAAACAAGGAAAAAGUUGACGCUUACCUUCUAAAUGAAGAUGCAAAUGACAGAAAAAUAUGAGCGUAGGGUGGGCAUCCGUGAAAUGGCUCAACAAUACAUCUCCACGGUCCUCCUCCGACCAUCGUUCGCCAGUCUUUAUAAGUUAAGCUGACAAUUCUUAUUGUGGUAACAUCUCCAGAGAAAUCGCCAACUUCGCCACGUUUUUAUCAUUUAUUUCACAACUUAUUCAAAACAAAAACACCUUCUGUCUGCCGCAAUUGACGGUGUUCUCAAGAAAACAUUCAAAGUGAAAGUGAAACUCAAGCUCACCGGUCUGCCUCUGGCACGUCAGCCCCGCGGUGCGUUCAGGGUCAGCAAAAAACGUCCGCCACUUUAGAACCCGAUUCGUUACAUUAAUAUAGGAAUUAUUAUUAUUAUUAUUCCGAUUUUGAUUUAUAAUUUAUUUGUUUUGCUAUGUGUAAUUGCCAUUUGUAAUAGUACCAGCAGUAUUUUUUAAGGAUUUAGUGAAGGUUUUUGGGCUGUGGAACGAAUUAAUGGAAUUAUAAUGUAUUCCUAUGGGAAAAUCCUGCUCGACAUACGACCAUUUCGACUUACAAACAAGGUCCUGGAACGGAUUAACUUCGUAUGUAGAGGUACCACUGUACCUAGUGUUUUUGGCUCCCGAUUCCGAUACCGGCUCUGUGGCAUCAGCAACACAUUUUUUGAAAAAAUACUUUUAAAACGCAAUAAAAAUUCUUUUGGUAUUAAAUGACAGCAUACUCACGUGACUGAAGUAAUUGCUAUUAUGGUUUGGUCAGACAAUGCUUAACUCAUUGACCGCAUAGGACAUCCAUUUGAAGUGGGAUGGCUGGUUCGUUCAUUCACUGCCAGCCCUCCCUCUUUAAAUGGAUUGGAUGUCUACUAAUGAUAAUCUCAUUUCAAUUCAUGGCAGAAGCAUGGAAAGAACUUUCAACGCCCUACCAGAAGGACAUCAGGGCAGCCAUGUUGGCAAGAUGUUGCGUCUUCGCUGUAAGACCAAAACUGGGACUCACGUCAUGCAAGGCUUGACUCAUCAGUCUUGUGUGAAAGAGUUAAAAAGCAAAGUGGAGGAGCUGACCGGCAUCCCCUGUGAGGUGCAGAAAAUCAUGGUGGGCUACCCCCCUUCCAGCCUGGACCUGCGCAAUGAGGACGCUCACCUGAAGGAUUACCCCAUCAAAUCUGGUGACACACUCAUUGUGGAGGAGGAGAAAGACAAGCCGAAGCUGAGCGAGCGUCCCGCCGUCACCAAGCAUCCUCGGCUGAACACCUUGCCAGUACUUGCGCGCCGCGUGGUCCCUGCCGACAACUCCUGCUUGUUUACCAGCGUCAACUACGUGGUGGAGGGCGGCGUGUACGAUCCGGCGUGCGCCCCCGAGAUGCGCGGCCUCAUCGCCCAAAUCGUGUCCAGCGACCCCGCUGAGUACUCUGAAGCAGUUCUGGGCAAGAGCAACGAGGACUACUGUGCCUGGAUCCGCCGCGAUGACACAUGGGGUGGUGCCAUUGAGUUGUCCAUUCUGUCCAAGUUCUACCAGUGUGAGAUUUGCGUGGUGGACACGCAAACGGUGCGCAUGGACCGCUUCGGCGAGGACGCCGGCUACCGGAAACGUGUGUUGCUGAUCUAUGACGGCAUUCACUACGACCCUCUGCAGAAGGAAGCUACCGGCUCACCCCCGCAGACCAUUUUCUCCACCGCUGACGACAUCAUCCUGGCUCAGGCGCUGGAGUUGGCAGACGAAGCUCGCCGCAAACGGCAAUUCACGGACGUCAAUCGCUUCGCGCUGCGCUGCAUGGUGUGCCAGAUGGGCCUGGUGGGACAGAAGGAGGCACGGGAGCACGCCAAGGAGACAGGUCACACCAAUUUUGGCGAAGUCUGAAAACCUGGACUGGCUUUUUGUUUUUUCUUUGCGCUACCCCUCCACGUCUGUGGCCGUCUACCUCGGUGUUUCCCAACCUAUAUUGAACCAAGGCACGGAUUUUACAGAAGAGUAAUCUCGACUGUAUGUACGGAUUUUUAUGUGGAGCCUAUCGGCUGUUUUAGUUCUCAUUUUGAAACACUCCGUAGAUGCCGCAUAAUGGCACCAAAGUCUUAUCUGAUAGAAAACUCGUGCUUUGGCGGCACUUUGGUGCAAAGUUACUGCUGAGGUUUUAUUAGACAGGCUAAAACACUGCCUGCUAUAAAAGUGGUGCUUUGGUGUCAUCUUGUAGCUUUUAAAGACAAUUAUCAACAUUCUUAGGUGGCAUCUAUCUCAUUGGCUACAUAUUGACUGUGAUAGACGUCCAAUCCAUGUGAACUGGGAGAGGAUGGCAGCGAAAAAUCACGGUCAGCCCUCGCAGUCCGAAGAGAUUGGACAUCUACCAUCAUCAAUGGCAGCCAAUGUUUUAAUUACUUACGGAUUGUGUUGCAUCUGGCACCAGGUUGAUAUACAGGUUAAUUUUACCCUGUAGUCAGUUGUUACUAGGAUACAUAGAUGAACGAAAUGUUAUCUGUAGUCAGGCAAGUGCACAGACAUUUAAAGGGCUCCCAAUUCCACCAAGAGCAGAGACUGGUCAAAUUUUGACAAAUAGAUUUUGAAAAGCUUUGCAAAACUGCAGAUAUAUUUAAAAUCCAAUGAAAAUUGAUGAAUUAAUUGCAUAAUGCAUUUUUCUCCAAAUUUGAGGAAAUUCAAGGUCAUAAAAUAUGACAAGGCAUGGGGCAAGUUUGUCUUUCAAAGUCCUUAGUUGCCAUCCUUCAUUAAAAUAAAUGGACCUUUGAUACAUAUUUUGAUCAUUUAAAGAAAGAAAAAAAAAAGGUCCUACCACCAUGCCGCCUGGGAAAUUGCAUUUAUCAGCUGAUAUCUGUGACAUAUUUGAUAUCUGACUACCCCGGGGUGUUUCACGGUGAGCCUGCUUACAAAAGCAUAUUCAAUUUAAAGAUGAAAACCGAGGAGUGAAAGUUUCUUAGUGGGAGUUUAUUCAUAAACCUCUCAGAAUAACACAUUUCAUCCAGAGGGCGUUAUUUUUUUAAUUACAUUGCAAGAUUUGUGAGAUUGUGGUGAAAUAGCUCACAAAUAAGAUAAAUGGAUGUUUUUAACUUGGGAAGCCACUAUACAUAAAAUGUACACAACCUUGUUGAUAUAGUCCAAGCUUGUGUGCGCUACGUAUUGGGGAGACCUAUAUUGAAAACAAACAACUAGCUCCGGGAAAGAUGGCUGUUGCUUGAGCACCACUAGUAGUCUAUCUGUGCAUAUGCCUGUUGGUAAUCAACUGACCCUUUUCAAAACAAGUGAAAAGGCUGCAGCAAAGUGGUUGGGAAUCACUGUUCUACCUCACGUCGUCCGCCAACAUUCACCACACACCACCUUCAGUGUUCUACUUUUUAAACCACACACAAUGACUAAUGGCAUUUUUGCUUUUUACACUAAUAACAUGAAAUGUCAAGCUAACAUUAAUGUGUACUCAGUGAAACUAACUGCAUUUUGUCAUUCCUAAUGUGAAGGACUCCACACGCAAGGAGACGAAUGUCCUGUUGUGUUAUGCGCUGGUUGUUUUGAUUUAGUGGUACCUCUACUUAUGAAAUUAAUUGGUUCAGGAAGUAGUUUUUAAACUUAAAAAUUCUGUAAGUAGAGACUCGUUUUCCAUGUAAAUGUCCUAAUCGAUUCCUAGCACCCCAAAAUUCAGACAAAUCUUUUAUGAUGCUUAAAAUGCGUCAAAAAAUAACAUGCAUGUUACAAUUAGAUAAUUGCACAAUAAAUUGGAGUUGCACAUAAUGUAAAAAACCAAGAAUAAAGAAUUAACGUUACAACACUUAUGUAAAGCUGUCCGAACAUUAGGGGAGAAUAAAUGAAUGAAUAGGACGCUGGGAUAAACAGAAACACAUAUAGUAGAGGUCCCUCUUAGCCAACUUGGUACCAGCAAUGCUGGCCAAUAGCCAAUGACAGAGCAGCUAUGUUAUGUUCAGUAAAUUCUGGGAGUUGCGAGUACCAGCCAUUUUUAGUUUUAAUAUUUUUGCCUUUCGCAUAUUGACAUUUUUUUUCUUAAAAUAGGCAAUAUUUUCCUAUUGAGAUGUGUCUUAACAUGAAAAUUCUGGUUGCAGAGACGUUCUUAAGUAGAGGUACCACUGUAUUCUGACCAACACAGCACGUAUUAACUCAAUGACUGGGAUACACGUCCAGUCUAUUGAAAUGGAUUGGUUGAAGUGCAAAAACUCAAAACUACUUGCCCUUUAUUGAUUUCAAUCAAAGUCCUUUCUCGUGUGGCACUUUUCUCUUAUAUUUAAAAAAAAAAAAAAAAAAAAAUCAUGUAAAUGUCACUUAAACACAAGUGGUGAGACAGAUGUUGACAGUUUGAUUUAAUUAAACACCAGAUUAUUCAACUCUGGAGUUUCCACUGCUGAUUUUAUUUGACUUUUCUGUUAAUUUUCUGAUAUUGUGAAACUUGAACUGAGCUUUUUGAUUAAAAAAAAAUAUUAAACUUCAUUUCAAGGAGCUAGCAAUUAAUGGUGCUGUAAACCACGGGCAUGAUUUUUGUUCUUUUCACAAUAGUCAUUUUUGUUGUGAAUUUGAAUCAUGUGAAAUGUUGACACUUGAGUACAAGUUGGACGUUGGUACCAACUUGCUGCCAAAAGUCAUGUCCAGAUUUUAUUUUAAUGUGAAUCUUUGUUGGCAUUUUUUUACCAUUCACAAGUUCUCAUCACGACACUUCCACGAAUGUUGCACACAAAACAUUACAUGACAACUGGACUUACUUGACUUUUUUCUGAAGUGUUGUGUCACAAUUAAAGGCCAUGGCAAGCA